CUAUAUUUAUUGUUUAUGGCUCCGAAAUCUGAAAAUGUCCAAAUGUAAACAAUCUAAUUGUUGUAUGCAGAAACUACAGAAAUAGCUAUAAACGUGAUUAUUCAGAUUAUUGUGCGACAUUUGAUAAGGUACCUAUUAAAUACUAUACACUUGUAUAUAGUAUUUUGUAUCUUAUACCUAUUAAGGUGUAAUUUCUAUACGGAAGUACGCCGACUGCUGGACAACAGAUCGAUAUUUUAUCUACAUGCAUAAUUCAUAAAUACUGGACCUUCUAAGUUUUUAUCUCUAUUUAACACAAUAACUACAGUCAUAAACAUGGAAAAUUUACGCAAUGAAGUCAUUAUAAAAGUUAAAGAAGCAAUACGAGCAAAACUCAAAGAAAUGAAUGCAAAUAGCAGUGAUGAGAUAAUUGAUUAUAUUAUGUUGUUAGUUACUACUAAAAAAUCUAGCUCUGAGUUGGCUAAAAGUAUUGAUUUUGUAAUGGAGAAUAAUACAACUGUUUUUGUGAAAUGGUUGUCAACAAUUAUUAAAAAAUUACAACAAGUAACUGUUAGUACAACAAAACAAAUUGUAUCAGAUAAUUUUCAAACACCUGAAGAAAGUAUAACGACCAAUAGAAAAAAUGAAAAUGAUAAUAUUUUAUUAUGUGAAACUAAUGAUAUAAAGUUGGAUAAUACAGAUGAAGUAAAAGAAGAACUUAAUUUAAGUGUUGAUGAUAGAAAUAUAGAAAAAUCUAAUCCAGAAAAGCAUAACAAUUAUUUACCUGAAUUAAAUGUAUCUAAGUCGGACAAGUGUGAUGAGAAUAUAAUAUCUUCAGCAUCAGACAAAGUAAAACCAAAAAUAUGUUUCUCAUCGAUAGAAGCUACUAAGACUAAACAUAACAUACUAAUUAAUAAAAAAGACAUUGCUAUAAAACCUAUACAAAAAAUCCAUCCUACUAUUUGUAUUAAUUCUGAUGUAUCAAAACAAAAUAAUAUCAAUCAUAAUGAAACAGUUGAUGGUAAACGAAAGAGACCUCGAAUAUCUAUAAACAGUGACAAUGAAGAUGAGAAAACUUUCAUGUCUAAACUUCCUAUUACUACUAAUGAAACAAUCAAACAUAUUGCAAAAGAGUUACCAAAAAAAAUUAACAAAAAAACCAUGUCUCAAGUUAUAGUUGUUAAUACUUAUUCCAAUAAUAAUUUCAAUGAAACUAGAAAGAAACUAAAUAUGCAUGAUUUAAUUGUACAACGAGUUGAUCAUCAGCGUGGUGCUUUGGCUUUGGAUACUGCAUUCAAGUACAUUCAGCAACAAAUUGGUGCAACAGAAAAAGAAAUUGCGGUUAUAAAAAAAUGGAGGGAUUAUGCUGUAGAUAUGUUACGUCCCAGCAAGAAUCAAUAAAAUUUUAUUCGAGAUAUUUUAUUAAAUGUAUUUUUUUAAUGAUAAAUUAUUUUUUCAUUGAAAAUAAUUGUUUCCAACAUUAGUUUAAAAGUACCUAUUUGAAUUUUAAAA